AUGGGUUCCAAGAAAACCACGUCGUCCUCCCUCGCCUUCCUCAUGGCACUGCUGCUCUCUUGCAGCACCAUGAGCAGCGCGGCACGGUACCUGGAGGAGACGAAGCCUGCAGAGGAGUACCCGACCGCGCCGGAGUUGCCCAAGCCUGAGCUGCCACCGCACCCCACAGUACCAGAGCUCCCGAAGCCUGAGCUGCCACCGCACCCCACAGUACCAGAGCUCCCGAAGCCUGAGCUGGCUCCACACCCUACCGUGCCGGAGCUGCCCAAGCCUGAACUGCCACCGCACCCUACUGUGCCAGAGCACCCAAAGCCUGAACUGCCACCACACCCUGCUGUGCCAGAGCUCCCAAAGCCUGAACUGCCGCACCCCGCUGUGCCGGAGCUACCGCACCCUGCCGUCCCUGAGGUGCCAAAACCCGAGCUGCCCCAUCCAGCUGUACCGGAGGUUCCGAAGCCUGAGGUGCCUCACCCGGAGGUGCCAAAGCCUGAACUGCCGCCACACCCCACCGUACCAGAAGUGCCUGAGGUGCCAAAGCAAGAGCUUCCGCCACUGCCAGAGCCCGAGCUGCCACCCAAGCCGGAGGAGAGCCACUACCCGGUGCCAGAGGCCAAGCCAUGA